AUGAAGAUAGACAAUAAAGUAGUAUUAGUGUAUGGUGGUACAUCAGGUAUUGGAAAAGAAUUGACAAAGACUUUAGUGUCUUUAGGUGCGAAUGUAGUGUUUUCUGGUCAAAACAAGGAAAAAGGAGAAGCAUUGAUGGAAUUAUUAGGUACAGAUCAUGCUGUGUUUCAUCAAUGUGAUAUAACAAAUUGGAGUCAACAAGAAGAAAUGUAUAAGGUGGCAAAACAAUAUUUUGAUGGGAAAACGGUGGAUAUUGUGAUUUUGGUAGCAGGGAUAUUAGAUUCAUCCGACGUAAUACAUGAUGAAGAACCUGAAGGUUCCUAUCGUACACUUCAAGUGAACUUAACGGCAGCGAUCAAAGCACACCGAUUAGCAAUUCAACAUUUCCUUCGAGAAAACAAACCUGGAUGUAUCAUCAACACAUCAUCUAUUUAUGGUUUUUGCGGUGCUCCUUUAGCUCCUAUGUAUUCUGCUACCAAACAUGCUAUUAUUGGUUUGACGAAAAGUUAUGGUACUUUGUUAAAACCUACCAAGAUCCGUGUCAAUGCUGUGGCCCCUUCUUUUAUAGAAACACCCAUGUUAACAAUACCAUCUAAAGCCCCAACAGCUGCUCUAGGUUAUGUGUCAAUGUCUUCUUGUAUGAAUGCUUAUUUACAAAUUCUAAGUGAUGAUUCAAUGAAUGGGGAGGUGUUGAUUCUUACUAGUAGUGAUACAGAUACCGUCGUAGAGAAAUCAAGAUCUGUACAAGUCAUUGAACCUAAAUUAGAUAAUUUAAGUCAAGAAAGACAGGAAUCAUUUAGACAACAACUUUAUUCUCAUUUUCAAAUCAAACAUGAAUAAUAAAAUAUAUACGAUAUCCUUUUUUUUUUUUAUUGAAUGAAUCGACUAUCUAAAAAUUCUAUAUAUCUAUUAUACUAAUCCUUUUUCCGAAUAUUGCGUUUCUUGCUGGUU